CAAAAUCUUGUUUAAUUGCAGAGGCGGGAGAUGCCACACGGGAAGUCGGAUGAUGUGGCGGAACAACGGUUGGUUGGCUGUGCUGGCUGUUUCGGUGGUGCUGUCGAUAUUACGAAACAGUCUGGCGGGCGAACGGUAUCCGCUCGAUUAUGGAAACAUCGAGUCGUCGGUUAACCGCAGCAAAGUAGCUUACGGUGCUCGCGGCAGUAAUGGGCCGUCUAUAAACUCUCAAAGCCACUCGAACUCAUCACCUAUCCGAGAACUAUCCACGAAAUCGUCCAUCUACUCUAGACAAACCUCGCAAUCUCGCUCGGCAGCGAAGAAAAACAUCAUCGUAUCGAGCGACGCGACGAAUGCAAUUUCCUGGCGCGAUGGCAAAGUCGCAGAUGCGAAUCUUCCUGAUGAGAACACCGGUAACGAUCGAUCGAUCCUCAAAGACGCCCUCAUCUCUGGACCAGGCGAGGACUGGCCCUCGAUGGUAAACGAUACCCCCGAACGACGUAGUAAGUUUCGAACGAGCGAAUUCGGCACAAGACGUGGCGACGAAGUAUCGACUGGUUCCAAGAGAAAAAUUCCGACCGGACCGCGUUUAUCCUCUUGGAUCACCAGUGUCGAAGCGAAAUACAACACGGAUAGAUUGGGAACAGGCCGUGCGAUACAUCCACCAAUUGAAGCGGAUGGUCGUAAUACGCCCACGCAUCGAACGAGGACAACUCGGCCGGGAAAGAAUUACCAUGGGUAUCCAUAUUACAAUCACUUCGCGGCAGAUUCAAGUGGCGAGCAUCUAUCGGAUCCAGUGACAAAAUCGACCGACGAAUUGAAUUGUCGGGAAACUGUAGAGGAUUUUGAAAACGGUAACGUUGCACCCUCGAGCGGUUUCAGAAAUAGUGAAAUCGAGAAAAUCAAUGGAAAGCAAUAUUUAAAGGAAAAUAUUGAAUCCGCUUCCAUUCAAUCUCCCACUACUAGUACACAACAGUUUAAUACGAAAUUGAAAUUGGACAUUCGAAUUGGUACGCACGUGGCAGAGGACAAAAGACGAGAGGGAAACAAUGAAUUGAUAUAUAACGCAGCAGACAGUAGACACACAUUAGGAGUACCCAUUCCGAAUUCGAAAAAAGAAUCAGGUAACAAACAGGAAGCAUUCGUUUCUGACAUCACGAUAAAUCUCGACGGGUCGUAUUUUUCGCACGAUGCGAAAACGUCGAAUCGCGAAUCACCAAAUAACAGGCUCGGAACAGACGACAUUGAAGGCGGAAGUCAUCGUUCUUCUGAUUUGGAUGGUGCUUCGCCAACGCGCGAAUCAAUACUAGUAACGAACAUGCACCAAUCGGAUGAAACUCUUUUGAAACAGAGAACAUUAGAAAGAAAAACUGACUACGGAAACUCGGAUAGCCAACAUUCUUCGUCGGUUCGUGAGAAAAGGUCUUCUAUCAUUUCUGAUAAUAUAACAAAUGCGAAUUUAUCAGAAAGUGAAGAAAGUUUUCUAAAUUUUACUUUAAACAGCACGAUAAUGAGUCCUUUUGAUGAAAUAAAUAGUCAAGUAGAAAAUAAAAAAGACUUAGAAUUUGAUCUUAUGAGAGAUAAUAUUACAAAGAGUUUAUUAGAUGAAUGGAGCACAUCCUAUGCGGCAGAUGGAAAUGAAACGACAUUAAACGCAAAUGACAUAAUGGUGAAAUACGAUAAUUUAAAUUAUAAUAGGAGCGUAGAGCCAGAUUUGGGGAUAAAAUUCAACCAAUUAAACACGUCAAAUACGAAUCGUUCACACGCAGUAUUAAAUGACGAAUUUAUUCCAAUAAUUGGAAAUCGGAACACGACAUUAGACAAAAAUCCAAGAAAUUCAUUAUUGAACAAUGAAUCUAAUUCGGCUAUUUAUAAUCAAAAUUUAGAAAACGUAACAAAUGUGAACUCAUCAAAUAUUUCCGUACAUCCAAAUACAUCAAAUAGCAAUAAUUCACAGUCAGAAACGCACAUUCUAAAAACCGACAGUGAAUCUGCUUCAAUAAUGCCGAAUGCUGUCGUAGAUUUAACAAACGAUAUAGAAUUACACGCGUCGCAGAGCAGGAUUAACGAGACCUUCCUAGAAAGGGUGAAUAAACCAACUCCGGAAGAGCAGUCUGCGUUAAGUAACGCGACAAAGGAGUCUGAGAACGUCGUCGCGAAUUCUCUACGCGGGUCUAUUGUGGCAUCGAGGAAUGUCACGUAUCUAAGUCGCGAUGCGAGCAGUCUAGCCGCGAGGAGUUAUGCCUCCCGUAGCAGUAGCCCAUCUGGAUUCGGUAGAAGGAAUGUGGACGAUUCGAUCAAAAACUCAUCGUCGGCGGAGCUGGGCCAAAAGUUCGCGAAGAAUUUCAAAAUAAAUUCGCAGUCCGAACAAUCGACUAUAAAUGAAACAGAUCGUACUGAAUCGAAUGUCCGAUCGAACCGAGAGUCUGACGACGAAAUUUCUAAAAGAAGGACAGAAAAUGUCAGUAUUCGUAAUACGGAUAGUAAUAAAAAAACGCUUGACGGAUCCCUAGCCGUCUCAGAGUACGGAAAUCCAGUACCCGUUCAGCAAGUGGGUCAAAAUAUUCGAAGGAGCGGCAAAAUUAGGACUAACGAACGGAACAUCGGAUUCUCCUCGAAAAAUGAUAGUUGCAGAGGCGGGAGAUGCCACACGGGAAGUCGGAUGAUGUGGCGGAACAACGGUUGGUUGGCUGUGCUGGCUGUUUCGGUGGUGCUGUCGAUAUUACGAAACAGUCUGGCGGGCGAACGGUAUCCGCUCGAUUAUGGAAACAUCGAGUCGUCGGUUAACCGCAGCAAAGUAGCUUACGGUGCUCGCGGCAGUAAUGGGCCGUCUAUAAACUCUCAAAGCCACUCGAACUCAUCACCUAUCCGAGAACUAUCCACGAAAUCGUCCAUCUACUCUAGACAAACCUCGCAAUCUCGCUCGGCAGCGAAGAAAAACAUCAUCGUAUCGAGCGACGCGACGAAUGCAAUUUCCUGGCGCGAUGGCAAAGUCGCAGAUGCGAAUCUUCCUGAUGAGAACACCGGUAACGAUCGAUCGAUCCUCAAAGACGCCCUCAUCUCUGGACCAGGCGAGGACUGGCCCUCGAUGGUAAACGAUACCCCCGAACGACGUAGUAAGUUUCGAACGAGCGAAUUCGGCACAAGACGUGGCGACGAAGUAUCGACUGGUUCCAAGAGAAAAAUUCCGACCGGACCGCGUUUAUCCUCUUGGAUCACCAGUGUCGAAGCGAAAUACAACACGGAUAGAUUGGGAACAGGCCGUGCGAUACAUCCACCAAUUGAAGCGGAUGGUCGUAAUACGCCCACGCAUCGAACGAGGACAACUCGGCCGGGAAAGAAUUACCAUGGGUAUCCAUAUUACAAUCACUUCGCGGCAGAUUCAAGUGGCGAGCAUCUAUCGGAUCCAGUGACAAAAUCGACCGACGAAUUGAAUUGUCGGGAAACUGUAGAGGAUUUUGAAAACGGUAACGUUGCACCCUCGAGCGGUUUCAGAAAUAGUGAAAUCGAGAAAAUCAAUGGAAAGCAAUAUUUAAAGGAAAAUAUUGAAUCCGCUUCCAUUCAAUCUCCCACUACUAGUACACAACAGUUUAAUACGAAAUUGAAAUUGGACAUUCGAAUUGGUACGCACGUGGCAGAGGACAAAAGACGAGAGGGAAACAAUGAAUUGAUAUAUAACGCAGCAGACAGUAGACACACAUUAGGAGUACCCAUUCCGAAUUCGAAAAAAGAAUCAGGUAACAAACAGGAAGCAUUCGUUUCUGACAUCACGAUAAAUCUCGACGGGUCGUAUUUUUCGCACGAUGCGAAAACGUCGAAUCGCGAAUCACCAAAUAACAGGCUCGGAACAGACGACAUUGAAGGCGGAAGUCAUCGUUCUUCUGAUUUGGAUGGUGCUUCGCCAACGCGCGAAUCAAUACUAGUAACGAACAUGCACCAAUCGGAUGAAACUCUUUUGAAACAGAGAACAUUAGAAAGAAAAACUGACUACGGAAACUCGGAUAGCCAACAUUCUUCGUCGGUUCGUGAGAAAAGGUCUUCUAUCAUUUCUGAUAAUAUAACAAAUGCGAAUUUAUCAGAAAGUGAAGAAAGUUUUCUAAAUUUUACUUUAAACAGCACGAUAAUGAGUCCUUUUGAUGAAAUAAAUAGUCAAGUAGAAAAUAAAAAAGACUUAGAAUUUGAUCUUAUGAGAGAUAAUAUUACAAAGAGUUUAUUAGAUGAAUGGAGCACAUCCUAUGCGGCAGAUGGAAAUGAAACGACAUUAAACGCAAAUGACAUAAUGGUGAAAUACGAUAAUUUAAAUUAUAAUAGGAGCGUAGAGCCAGAUUUGGGGAUAAAAUUCAACCAAUUAAACACGUCAAAUACGAAUCGUUCACACGCAGUAUUAAAUGACGAAUUUAUUCCAAUAAUUGGAAAUCGGAACACGACAUUAGACAAAAGUUUAAUAAAUAAUGAAAUAAUUACAUUAAUGAUGCUAAGUAUAAAUAAUUCUUCACCACAGCCAAGAAAUUCAUUAUUGAACAAUGAAUCUAAUUCGGCUAUUUAUAAUCAAAAUUUAGAAAACGUAACAAAUGUGAACUCAUCAAAUAUUUCCGUACAUCCAAAUACAUCAAAUAGCAAUAAUUCACAGUCAGAAACGCACAUUCUAAAAACCGACAGUGAAUCUGCUUCAAUAAUGCCGAAUGCUGUCGUAGAUUUAACAAACGAUAUAGAAUUACACGCGUCGCAGAGCAGGAUUAACGAGACCUUCCUAGAAAGGGUGAAUAAACCAACUCCGGAAGAGCAGUCUGCGUUAAGUAACGCGACAAAGGAGUCUGAGAACGUCGUCGCGAAUUCUCUACGCGGGUCUAUUGUGGCAUCGAGGAAUGUCACGUAUCUAAGUCGCGAUGCGAGCAGUCUAGCCGCGAGGAGUUAUGCCUCCCGUAGCAGUAGCCCAUCUGGAUUCGGUAGAAGGAAUGUGGACGAUUCGAUCAAAAACUCAUCGUCGGCGGAGCUGGGCCAAAAGUUCGCGAAGAAUUUCAAAAUAAAUUCGCAGUCCGAACAAUCGACUAUAAAUGAAACAGAUCGUACUGAAUCGAAUGUCCGAUCGAACCGAGAGUCUGACGACGAAAUUUCUAAAAGAAGGACAGAAAAUGUCAGUAUUCGUAAUACGGAUAGUAAUAAAAAAACGCUUGACGGAUCCCUAGCCGUCUCAGAGUACGGAAAUCCAGUACCCGUUCAGCAAGUGGGUCAAAAUAUUCGAAGGAGCGGCAAAAUUAGGACUAACGAACGGAACAUCGGAUUCUCCUCGAAAAAUGAUAGGUAUCGAACUGCCACUCCGUAUAAUGAGGCGACGGACGAAAAUAAUCCGAUCGAACGGAACAAAAAGAACAUCGACGACGAUGCAAAUCGAACGUCGAACGAAUUUAUCUACUCGACUGCGAGCAUCAAGAAUCAUUCACCGAAGGAGCGGAAAUCCAGAUCCUCCAAGGCAAGAACUUGGACAUCGACGAAUUUGAAGGUUGACCCAACUGCGAAAGUCGUAUAUCCGGUUCGCGGGGAAGCUUCCACAACGAUUUCAAACGGAAACGAGUUUCCGCAGAAUAAUGUUUCGUAUAGCAAAAUUAAUUCCACUCCAGUAAGCCGUAACAACGAUAUUCUUGGAACGUCGUCGGAGGUUGCGUUAGAUUCCCCGCUGAAAUUCUCGAGCAUCGAGGAUUCGACGACGAGCGUCACCGAGGAGAAUUUUCGAAGUGAGCUUAACAAAUCUACACUGUCAUCCACAACAGUGAAUAAAUUCCCAGUCGAUAUCGAAACAUCGAACGAGGAAUUGAUUGAAGACGGGGACAAAUCGUUCACUAUGGACACGGUCGUUACUUCUCCAGUACCAAACGGCGAUGAUUUUCCCGUGACUGUGGAUGACACGUCCUUCCGCGGCACAGACAAUUCGUCACACGAACUAGAGCCAUUGGAUCAAUGGCCAGUUAAGCACAGCGCGGUAGUGGAAGGUGAUUUAGUACUGGGCGGGCUGAUGAUGGUACACGAGAGGGAGGACACCAUCACUUGCGGCCCGGUGAUGCCGCAGGGAGGUGUUCAAGCGUUGGAAGCGAUGUUGUACACAUUGGAUAGGCUCAACGAUCGUGAAAUCGUGCCUGGCGUCAAGAUCGGUGCUCACAUUCUCGAUGACUGCGACAAGGAUACCUACGGUUUGGAAAUGGCCGUAGAUUUCAUCAAAGGAUCAAUAAGCAAUAUAGACGGCGCGGAAUAUCACUGCAACAAAACUGCAGUGCGAAAAGUUAUCAGCGGAGUCGUCGGAGCGGCAAGCUCGGUCACAUCUAUUCAAGUAGCAAACCUUCUGCGACUUUUUCGGAUACCGCAGGUCUCCUUCUUCUCUACCAGCCCGGAACUCUCGAACAAACAACGAUUCGAGUACUUCACGCGCACUAUACCGAGCGAUCACUAUCAAGUAAAGGCAAUGGUGGAUAUCGUAUUGACGAUGGGAUGGAGCUACGUAUCGAUCAUAUAUGAGGAGAGCAAUUACGGGAUAAAGGCGUUCGAGGAACUAGAAGAGCUUCUGGGCAAGUACGACAUAUGUAUCGCCAUCAAGGAGAAAUUGGUGAAAGAUUCCGGUGUAGCGGAGGAAACGGCUUACGACAAUAUCGUUUUGAAAUUGUUAACAAAACCGAGAGCUCGAGGAUGUAUUAUAUUCGGGUCAGAUCAAGAAGUUGCCGGAGUUAUGAGGGCCGUUAGACGUUGCAAUGCGACUGGUGCAUUUUCGUGGAUCGGUAGCGACGGAUGGAGCGCGAGGGGGUUAGUCAGUAACGGCAACGAACCGGAAGUCGAGGGCACACUAUCGGUUCAACCACAGGCCAAUCCUGUCAAAGGUUUCGAAGAGUAUUUCCUGAAUUUGACCGUCGAGAACAACCGAAGGAAUCCAUGGUUCGUCGAAUUCUGGGAAGAUCAUUUCCAAUGUAGAUAUCCAAACGCAUCCAGAACACCGUACAACCAAAAGUAUACGAAACCUUGCACGACGAAGGAGCGCUUAACGAAACAAAACACAGCGUUCGAAGAUCAACUCCAAUUUGUUUCUGACGCGGUUAUGGCAUUCGCUUAUGCCUUUCGAGACAUGCACAGAGAUCUUUGCCAAAGUAAACCCGGACUAUGCGACGCGAUGAAGCCUACCAAGGGUACGGAGCUGCUAAGAUAUCUUCGGAAAGUAGAUUUUGAAGGUUUAAGCGGCGACAAGUUCAGAUUCGACAAAAACGGAGACGGGCCGGCUCGUUAUAAUAUCAUACACUUCAAGCAAGUUGAGCCAGGAAAAUACAAGUGGAUCCGAGUAGGCAAAUAUCUCGAGGGUGAAUUACGACUGAACAUGUCCGAAAUUCAAUUUAAACUUGGACAUCCACAACCACCCGAAAGCGUGUGCUCUCUGCCCUGCGAAGUCGGCCAGGCAAAGAAAUACGUCGAGGGCGAGAGAUGCUGCUGGCACUGCUUCAAUUGCACUCAAUAUCAGGUUUGCGAGCCCGUUCGGGUGCAAUCGUUCAGUCAUCUAGCUACUAACUCGAGUUGUUUUUCUGUCGCGCUACCGAUGAUCGUUUCACCGACUACCUUUCAAUUUGAAACUAACAAUUUGUUCAUUGUCGUACAGAUAACUAUGUGCGUCUGUGGCGUGUUCCUGAAGCACAAUGACACACCUGUGGUACGCGCGUCCGGCCGCGAACUAUCCUACGUCCUACUUUCCGGGAUACUGCUCUGUUAUCUUGUUACAUUCGCCCUCGUCCUGCGACCGACGGAUAUCGUUUGCGGCAUUCAAAGAUUCGCGGCCGGUUUCUGUUUUACUGUCGUCUACGCCGCGCUUUUAACUAAGACUAAUCGGAUAUCGAGGAUCUUCAACGCAAGCAAGCACAGUGCCAAGAGGCCAUCGUUCAUAUCGCCACGAUCGCAACUCAUCAUUUGUUCCGGUUUGGUUUUCGUCCAAAUAUUAAUCAACGGCGUCUGGAUGGUUAUCGAUCCUGCUAAGGCAAUGCAUCAUUAUCCGACACGGGAAGACAAUUUUCUCGUUUGCAACAGCUACAUAGACGCCAGUUACAUGAUUGCAUUCGCCUAUCCCAUUAUGUUGAUCGUCGUAUGCACAGUGUACGCAGUACUUACGAGGAAAAUCCCGGAAGCAUUCAACGAGAGCAAACAUAUCGGCUUCACGAUGUACACCACGUGUGUAAUAUGGUUGGCCUUCGUACCGCUGUACUUUGGUACAGGGAACAAUGUCGCCUUGAGAAUCACCUCAAUGUCGGUCACCAUAAGUCUGUCCGCGUCGGUGACUAUAGCGUGUCUUUUCAGUCCAAAGUUGUACAUCAUCUUGAUUCGACCAGAGAGAAAUGUGCGCCAGAGUAUGAUGCCAGCUAGAUAUAGCACGACGAAAAGCUCAGCGGUCACGGCUACUAACGCCUCUAGCAUGAUAGCGCCUGUCACAUUGACUGCAGCUACAUGCGAUCAAAAUAAGGCCGUCGAAAAACACAUUACCACUACUAUAGAUUGUUCGACACAAAGUGAAUAUUACGAGUUGGAGGUGAAGGAUCAGAAGAACGGAAAACCACCGUCUACGGUCGUAUCCCGAUCGACUCAAACUUCGGCGAACGACAAAGAGCCCAGCGGUGUUGCAUCUAGUAAAGAGGGGAAGGAAAGUAUCGCGAUAACAAAACAAUUAAACAAUAAUCUGAGAAUAGGGAACGGGCCGGUGAAUCAGAGCGAUAGCCCAUUAUAGCAGCAAACUUCCGCAGAGUCAGCCGUUUUACCGGCGAAGUUGAAAGCGAUUUCGAAGAAGCCCGUUGUAGUAUGAAGGGACACAAAAGAAGGUUAAAAAAUUAUGUAAGUCUCGAUAUUUUGUAAAUACGACUGAAGAUAAUUCCGACAUCUCGGCAAAGUUAUUAAAGUUAUUAAGCAUAAACUUUUCUCGAUGUUCAGUUUUAGACUAUUCUACGAACUUGAACGAAA